UGGGAUGAAGAGGAGGAAGGUGAGUUACAAGAAGAAUUGGAAGAAUUGGAAGAGGAGGAAGAGGAGGAAGAGGGCUCAGAUGAUGAGGGAUUGGCUUCAACUUCAACAGAACCACAUAUACCUCCAAAUCAUGAACAGGAAAAAGAAGAUAAAAAUGAAGAUUUGGAAGAAAACAGUCAAAGUACUAGAACUAUUCGUCGUAAGACCAAAGUAUGGGAGUUAGGUCCGGUGUUAGAAGUUGAAGACGAUGAUAAUUUUGAUAAAUCUUCAAUAUCUCUGCAUGACACUUUGGAAUCAAAAAAAGAGGAAGAAAAAAUGGCCGAAGAAUUAUCAUCUGAGAACAAACAAACCGAAGACCCUCAAUCUAUGCGUAAACGUCGAAGACAUGCUAAGUUUUAUGAAGUUAAAGAUGAUGAACCGAACAUAUUUGUAACACCACUAGAACCUUCCGAAAAUAAAGGAGAGGUUUUUGAACAAGGCCUUGAUAUUGAGGAGGAGGAGGAAGAGGAUGAUGAUGAAAAUAACUCUUCCUCGCAUAGACUUCGUCGAUUUCCCAAAGUAUUUGACUUACGGUCUGCUGUCACAAUUAAAGAUCUUGAAGAAAAAUCCGGUAAGCGGGUUUCUUGGAGUACUUUUUCAUCACUUGGUACCUUAGGUAUUGAAGAUACAGGUACAGCUGCUGGUACAGAAGCCAUAUUAUCACGUACAUUAACAUCAUCUUCAUCAUCAAAAUUAAAAAAUAAAGAAUCCGUCAAAUCAUCUUCAGAUAUUGGGACUGAAAUUCAAAGAGAGAAAGAAACAUCAAAAGAAGUUGAACGAGAACCUGUAAAAUCAAUUAUGAAACCUCCAUCUUCAGAACAAGUUGCCAACAAUAGUAGCAUAACCCCCGGUUCACCUAAAAAAAGUUCAGAAUCUUCAGUAAAACGUAUUGUAAUCACGGAACCUCCCUCUAAAAAACUUCCGGACAUUCCAGUUCAACAUACCACUACUACCACUACCACUACCACUACCACUACUUCUGCUGCUGAACCUCGUGGUAGCAGUAAAGUUCCAAUCAAGAAUAUUCCUACUACCGUCCAGAAAAGUUCUUUAAAUAAACCUUUACCACCAAUUCCCAUUCAAGAUAAUCAACCGAAAAGACCACCGUCAAUUUCUACAACAGUAAAUUCUCAAUCUCAAUAUAGAUCUUUUAUAUUAAAUUAUCGAUCAGAAGAUAUUGCCAAACAAUUUUGUUUGAUCGAACGUGAUUUUUUAUUGAAAGUUAAUUGGGAAGAUUUGGUUCAAGUUGGUUAUACUACUAACGAAGAAAAUGUUCAAAAGACUGAUAAUGAAGAAAAAAAAGAGAAAAAGAAAGAUGUUAAAGGAAAAGGAAAAGAGAAAGAACUUGAAGAAGAAAAAGAGAAACCAAGAAAAAGAGUUCGGGAAAAUGGUGUUGAUAAAGUAAUCGAAAGGUUCAAUUUGGCAUGUGAUUGGGUUGCUACUGAGAUAGUACUUACCAGAUCUUUGGAUGAUCGAGUGCAAGUAAUCGAAAAGUUUAUACGAAUUGCACAGAAAUGUCUUCAAUUUUCAAAUUUUGCAACAUUAACACAAAUUCUUCUUGGACUACAAUCACCACCGGUAGAAAGAUUAAGAAGAACAUGGACAAGGGUUAGAAAUGAAGAUUUACGUGCAUUUAAAGAAUUAAGUGAAUAUAUUUCUGCUUUUGGUAAUUGGAAAGUAAUAAGAGAGGCCAUGAGAAAAUCCAUUGAAGAUUCUACAAUAUUAAAAGAAUUAAUGAAACAACGUAAAAGUCGUAUUUCUGAUGUUCGCAAUACCGGUUGUAUCCCAUUUUUAGGGUUAUACCUUUCGGAUUUAGUUUUCAAUGCAGCAGUACCAUCAUUUAUUGAUCCGACGUCAUCGCAACCCUCAACUCCAUCAUCACCUUUACCAUCUAGCUCAGCCGACGCAACGACUCCUUUACACCACCAACCACUUAUUAAUUUUCAUAAACAUCGUACAACAGCUACAAUAGUUAAAAGGGUAUUAACAUUUCAGACUUUAUCAAGAGGAUAUAAUUUUUCUAUUGAUAAAGAAAUUUAUGAUAAAUGUUAUGGAUUAAAAGGUUUUGAAGCUACUAAAUUGGUUGUAAUGGACCUAGAUGCUGAUGAUUUUGUUUAAUAUCUUGGUUUCUUAAUUAUCUUUUCUAAUUAACGUUUGGAUUUAUUUUUCAAUUUUUGAACAAAAACAAUUAUUUCUUAGUAAUUUCUUAAUUGAUAUUUUCACUUACAUCAUAAUUUCAUUUUCUACAAUAUUUUUUCAUUCAUUCAAACAAAAUUGCAUUUUAUUAAAACCAAAAAAAAAUUUUUUUCGAACAAUCAUAUAUAUAAUAUGUAUUACUUAAUGUAAUGAUGUAUUAAGCAUAAUAUAGCUUACUAGUAUCUUUUUUUUUUU